AGUCCAAGCAAGUUGCAAGUCUGGAAUUGUGCUGUGUACCGCGUGCUGUGCUGUGCUGUGCUGUGCUAUUUUUAAUAUCAUCAAUCGAUCGUCGUCCGUGAUCUUCAUCCAUAAUCUAGCAGCUCCACCUCUCGCCAGACCCCGAACAACAUAUCAAGUGGUGAACAAAAGCUGAGGAAAAUUCAAAGUAAUUAAAGGCUAACAACUAGGUGCAGCUGCAGCGUAACAGAACAGUCAGCGGAAUACUUUGAAGAAUUGCACCGACACCGAAAACCUACCUCACAAAACACACUCCCCGCAACACCGGAACUGAAUCAUGAUUCGUGGAUUCUCGUUGGCACGGUUGGCGCAACUGGGAGGCAACAAUGGUGCGACGGUGGUUCGUGCGGUACGCCAUGAGCGCUACCUGAGCGUGCGGAACGUGCGGAUGCUCAGCACCAAGCGGCAGCCCAAGUACCUGGAGGAUACCAUCUUUCCGGUGGAAAAUGGCUUCGAACAGAACUCACUGUACGACAACAACAUACGCAUUCCGCACGAAACCCUCGACCAAUACCUGUGGGAUCAGUUCAGCAAGUGGACCAACAAGACGGCCGCGGUUUGCGGCAUUACCGGGCGCAGCUAUACCUAUGGCACGUUGCGCGAUCACUGUGCGGCGCUCGCCAUUCGGCUGCAGCGGAAACUGAACCUCCAGUUCGGCAACACGCUUGCCGUGUGUCUUCCAAACAUUCCAGAGUUUCCGCUCGUCACACUGGGCGCCGUCGAGGCCGGCCUAGUGGUCACGACCAUCAAUCCUAUCUACACCGCAGAGGAAAUCUCGCGCCAGCUGCUGGACAGUGAUACAAAGUUCCUGGUAGGGCUGGCCUCGAACAUUGCAGUAUUAAGGGAGGCGGUACAGCUGGCCAAGCUUGACAUCCCGAUCGCCUGCAUACGUACGACCAACGACGAGAGUCUACCGGCCGGUACGAUCGACUUCGCGGAGCUAUCCAACCCGUCCGGCAUCCACUAUAGCGAGCUACGCCAGCAUGACCGUACGCCCGAGGAUAUCGUCUUCCUACCGUACUCGUCCGGUACGACGGGUCUACCGAAGGGUGUCGAGCUGACGCACGUGAACAUCGUGUCGAACAGUGAGAUGCUGGCCGUGAAAGCUGGAAACGGUACCGUGAUCCUGCCCACUACCGACACCUACCAGGAUGUGCUACCGUGCGUGUUGCCCUUUUUCCACAUCUACGGGCUGACGGUGACAUUGCUGUCGAAGCUGCGCGUCGGUUGCAAGCUGGUCACGUUGCCCUGUUUCCGACCGGAUACGUUCCUUAAUGCGCUGGCCGAACAUAAGGGUAGUGUGCUGCAUCUCGUUCCACCUAUUAUCAUCUUCCUUGGUCAUCAUGAUGGAGUGCAGGCAAAGCACACGGACUCGAUCCGGAACGUGUUCUCGGGUGCAGCUCCGAUGGGUACCCCGGAUGCGGAGCGUUUCACUGCACGCGCGCCGAAGGUCGAGUUCAUUCAGGGAUACGGCCUCACAGAAACGGCCCCCGUCGUGCUGAUGGGUGCACUUGGUGGUCGGAACUAUGCCUCAGUCGGUUCGCCCUGCCCACGCACUCAGGCCAAGAUCGUGGACCUGAACGAUCCCACCAAUACGGCCCUCGGACCGAACUGCUCCGGUGAGCUGCUCGUCCGUGGUCCGCAGGUAAUGAAGGGCUACCAUAACAACCAAAAAGCCACCGAGGAAAUGAUCAUCGAAGGUGGCUGGUUGCGUACCGGUGACAUCGCACACUACGAUGACGAUUUGCAGUUCUAUAUCACCGACCGGCUGAAGGAGCUGAUCAAAGUGAAAGGUUUCCAGGUACCGCCGGCCGAGCUGGAGGAACUGCUGCGUGCCCACGAGCAGGUGGCCGAUGCGGCUGUCGUCGGUGUACCGCAUCCGAUCUCGGGUGAAGUACCGCGUGCAUUCGUCGUACCGAAGGGUGGUGCACGGUUAAGCGAGGACACGCUCAAGGAGUUCAUUGCGGGCAAGGUAGCUUCCUACAAGCGGCUCGAAGGUGGCGUCACCUUCCUGGACAGUAUUCCCAAGAAUGCCUCGGGUAAAAUCCUGCGGCGGCAGCUGAAGGAGAAAUACUGCUCGUAAGCCAACGCCCGUGCCGUGCUAACACCGAUAACCGGUGUGCGCAACCAUAAAUCUCAUAUCUCGUGGUUAUGUUAGCGGUAGUAGGUAGUAUGUGGACUUACUCAGGACUAGCGAAGGCGGGUGAGGGAUGGGGGGUUAUUGAUUUUCUUCGUUUUUAAAAGUAAGUAAUCUGUCACAGACUGUUUAGAAGACUAGCAAAAGGGCACGUUGGUACAGCACCUAGGGUUAAAUGUGGGUGUACUCGUGAGUGUGUAUGUGUGUAUGGUGGACGAUUUUACGGCUUUCGAUGUUCCAGCAUACCAGUAAGCUUUGUUUUGUUUCGAUCAAAUGUCCAUUCAUCAAGCAAACGGCAGUGAAUCCGAUCAAAUGAUCAUUCAUGUUCAAAUCAUUCAUGAGGCGAUUGUGGUGGAAAACAAUUUAACAGAAAAACGGCCAACAACAUAUAAGUAGAUGCAGAAUUUUACGUUUAAAAUGGAAUAAAUAUACUUUUAGUUGUU